CCCUCCGUCUCCGUCUCCGCCCUCCGUCUCCGUCUCCGGUUAGCGUUUCGCCGUCUCCUCUCAGGAUUCAACAUCUGCUACGAUCAAGGUGUAUUGAUGCCCAAGGUUUCCAACUCGAUCGCAUAAAAUCCGUCGAUUUUCAUAAAUUUUUGCUCCAGUAACAAUGACAGCAGUUGUAUCCAUGGAAGACAUUGAAACCAGCGCCAAGCGGGCGGGCAUCGAUAUCUCUUCCGUCGAUCUCGACUCCAUCACUCUUCCUCCUGGUGAAGAUUUCGGAAUCGAAAGCGAUGAUGAUGAGGAUUUGUUUCAAGAGGAUCCUCUUGAAUUUGAGGGAGGAUUUAGAAACAUCAUCGUUGUUGAUAAUCUACCCGUUGUUCCUCCUGAGAAAUUCGAGAAGCUUGAAAAUGUUAUCAAGAAGAUUUAUGGUCAGAUUGGAGUGAUUAAAGAUGGAGGCCUUUGGAUGCCUGUUAACCCUGAUACUCAGAAAACCCUAGGUUAUUGCUUCAUCGAGUACAAUACUUCUCAGGAAGCGGAUCUAGCAAGGGAGAAGACAAAUGGGUAUAAGUUGGAUAAGUCUCACAUAUUUGCUGUUAACUUGUUUGAUGAUUUUGACAAGUAUAUGAAUGUUCCGGAUGAGUGGACACCUGCACAGAUUAAGCCUUACACACCCGGAGAGAAUUUGCAGCAAUGGUUGACUGACGAGAAGGCUCGGGACCAGUUUGUUAUUCGUGCUGGUGCUUUUACCGAGGUUUUCUGGAAUGAUCCUCGGCAGAUGAUGCCUCAACUUGUUUACAGGCGCCAGUAUUGGACUGAGAGUUUUGUCCAGUGGUCUCCUCUUGGGACAUACUUGGCUACAGUACACAGGCAGGGUGCUGCUAUCUGGGGAGGUGCUGCUACUUUUAAUCGCUUGAUGCGAUAUGCGCACCCACUGGUGAAACUGAUUGAUUUCUCACCUGGGGAGAAAUAUCUGGUUACAUACAGCAGCCAUGAGCCCAGUAACCCACGAGAUACUCAUAGGGUUGUACUGAAUAUUUUCGAUGUUCGAACUGGGAAAAUGAUGCGAGACUUCAAAGGAAAUGCAGAUGAGUUUACUACUGGUGGAAGUGGGGGUGUUUCUGGAGUUUCCUGGCCCGUAUUCAGGUGGGGUGGCGGAAAAGAAGACAAGUAUUUUGCUAGAAUUGGAAAGAAUAUCAUAUCUGUGUAUGAAACUGAGACUUUCACACUGAUUGAUAAGAAGUCUCUCAAGGUUGAGAAUGUCGUGGACUUCAGUUGGUCUCCUGCUGACCCUAUACUUGCUCUGUUUGUUCCUGAGCUAGGCGGUGGAAACCAACCUGCAAGAGUAAGCCUUGUUCAAAUUCCUGGUAAAGAGGAACUAAGGCAGAAAAACCUCUUCAGUGUCAGUGAUUGCAAAAUGUAUUGGCAAAGCAAUGGAGAGUAUUUUGCUGUAAAGGUUGACAGGUAUACCAAAACAAAGAAAGAGCUCGAGACCAAAACUGAGAAGAUUGUUGCAUUUGCCUGGGAACCCAAAGGACACAGAUUUGCCAUUAUCCACGGAGAUGGCCCACGACCUGACAUAAGCUUUUAUACUAUGAGGACUGCACAGAAUGUAGGCCGUGUCCAGAAGCUUACAACUCUCAAGUCCAAGCAGGCUAAUGCUCUUUACUGGUCCCCUGGUGGCCGAUUUAUUGUUCUUGCGGGGCUGAAGGGUUUUAAUGGCCAGUUGGAGUUUUACAAUGUUGACGAGCUAGAGACUAUGGCCACAGGUGAACAUUUUAUGGCCACUGACAUUGAAUGGGACCCAACUGGCAGGUAUGUUGCAACCUCUGUUACUUCAGUCCAUGAGAUGGAAAAUGGAUUCCACAUUUGGUCCUUCAACGGAAAGCUACUAUACAGCAUACCUAAGGAUCACUUCUAUCAGUUCUUGUGGCGCCCGAGGCCUCCUUCACUAUUGACUGCCGAGAAGGAGGAAGAGAUUGCAAAGAACUUGAAGAAGUACAGCAAGAAAUAUGAACUAGAGGAUCAAGAUGUAUCACUGCAGUUGAGCGAACAAGACAGGAAGAAGAGGAAGAUGCUGCAAGAAGAAUGGGACGAAUGGGUUGCCAAGUGGAAGAAAAUGCACGAGGAAGAGAGAGAACUGAGGAUACAGCUUAGAGAUGGAGAGGCCAGCGAUGCAGAGGAAGAGUAUGAAGCUAAAGAAGUGGAAGUUGAGGAGGUUUUGGAGGUUCAAGAGGAAGUCAUACAGCAGGAGUUUGAGUAGGACCACUAUCUUUUUAAUGUUUUCUGUGGAAGUUAAAAACCGAGAGAUGGCAAUAUUUUACUUGAACUAUUUCUUUUUCGGGGCCAGGUGAUGCAGUGUUUUUGUUCUGUUGCUGAUGCAUAUUGUCCUGUUUAUCUAUUGUGUGUGGAUCUCUACAGGUCAUAAAAAUGAUUACCUCGCCAUCAUGUUCAGGUUUACUAUAUUCAAGUAUUUUCAAUUCUCAA